CUAAAUAUUGACGAUAGGAGUGAAAACUGAAAAAUUCUUUAUUAUUUAUUAAAUUUCUUGCAAUUUCGCAGAACAUGAUUCGUACGUUUUGCCAAAUAACAAAGUAAAAAGUUAAGAAUUGAUAUUCAAGGGUUUAUUUAACAUUAAACUGGUUUAAUAUCUACAUUUACAUAAACGUUUACUAGGAACAUAUUUUUGAAAGAAAUAUGGAUAUCACGCCUCUGUUUAAAGCCUGUAUUAAAACAGUGAAGACCCGGAAUAAAACUUUUGGUAUACUGAGUCCCAUACCUGAAGAGAAGAAGACAAUAUUGCGAACAAAGUCAAAAAAUGGUUUUAUGCUAGCAGCUAAAGACAUAACGUCUCAAAUUACGAAACUGAGAGAUUUUUUGUUAGAGCACCGUGAGAGGUACUUAAACGUGUUAAAUGUUCUAUCGGAAGACGAAAUGUCGGAGUAUGAACGCGAUCAAAUCGACACAGGCGCUCAAAGGAUCAUAAAUACCUGUUCCCAUCUUUUGAAAGAAUUUCGAAAUGAUAAUCGCAAGCUAUCUGUUUCACAACAGACAAGGGAAUACAUGGAUGCUGUUAUAGAUCUUGUUGAUGCCUAUUUGAAAGCAGUAUGUAAGAUACACAGUGAGUUAAAAGCAUUCAGGGUAAAAAGAGCUCUGGAUAUGAGGAAACUGUCUCGUUUGGAACUACCGCAGAAGAAAUCUUCUAUUCCAAAUCCAUUUGUUGAUAAUGUUAUUGAACCUAUUGAGAAAGACAAUGUAGAUAAUGAAAUAGUUAAUGAAGAAACUGAUAGUCCAAGGACAAAAAUGGAGUUGUCUGAAAAUGAGGUAGCCGUGAUGUCUGAUGAAGGUGAACUAAGUGCAGAGGAGUUACAAAUGUUUGAAUCAGAGAAUGUCCAACUGCUGAAUGAACUAAAUAGUAUGACGGAGGAAGUUAGACAGAUUGAAAGCAAAGUACUUCACAUAGCUGAGUUACAGGAAAUAUUCACUGAAAAGGUACUACAACAAGAGCAAGAUAUAGAUAGAAUAGCCAACACAGUAGUGGGUACAACAGAAACUAUGAAAGAUGCAAAUGAUCAAAUAAAGCAGGCCAUUCAAAGGAAUGCUGGGCUGCGAGUCUAUAUGCUAUUUUUCUUCCUUGUCAUGUCAUUCACUUUACUUUUCCUUGAUUGGUAUAAUGAUUAGUGUUUGCGAAAUGUAUAAAUUAACUUAUUGAAAAUAUAUCUUGUUUGAAAUAAAAUAUCUUAGCAGAUCUUUAUUGUAUGAUAUUACAUUAGUCAAUAUAUCAUAUUGUGGUAAUAUAAUAUUAAAUGUAUGUACUUGGGUUAUUUUUUUCUGUUAAGUGGCGAAAGAAAAGUAUUAAGACAAUUUUUUAACAUGGUUUAAUAAAAAAAUUGUUUUUGUGA